CACACACACACACACACACACACACACACACACACACACACACUGACAACUGCCUGCCUGCGUGACGCGUGUGGCCAUGUCAGGACCAUCGCCAGAGGAUAUCCUGGCGUCACUCCGUCUGCACACAUCUUGCCUCCCCGCGGCCACACGCCACACGCCACACGCCACACGCCUCCAGCCAUGAAGAACACGACCGGCUUCCGCCUCCUCCUGCUCCUCCUCCCUCUGCUGCCGCUGCUGUUGGCGCCUGGAGGGUUGGUUGGCUGUGCACCCCCCGGGAAAUGGCUCCUCACUGUCCAGACAACGGACGCUGGAUACUACCACAUUACCUCUGCAAACGCAACCUCGGAUAAGAAUAUAACAGCCAGCAUGUGCGUGCGCCCACACCAUCACCUGAAAGUCGUGGUGGGAGUGGAAGGAAGCGACAAGUACCACAAAGAGUUCUUGCUGGAAAAAGACUGUUUCCCGGGUGACCAGCAGUGGUGGAUGCUGUUGGUGGAGGUGGAGCUUUGGAACACAGACCCCAACACAGGGGAGACAAAAUACAGUAUUUUCAUGCGGCUAGCAGAGUGUUCCAGGGUGUGUCACAAGACAGCCAGCACGCGAGGUCUUGAAAGCAUCAACGUCUGGGCUUCAGGCGCCGCACAAUGGACAGACUGCAACAACAUCAAUGAAUUCCACCCACCCCUCUACUUUUGGAGGCACUUAUACCUGUGCAGAGAAGUAAACUUUUCAUCGCUCUCAUUGAUAACCCCUGCCACGCCCACACCAUACCACCAUGAAUGCACGCCCCCACUUACUGUGCCCACCGGAGUUGCAGCAGGCGUAAUUGCAGGAGCAGCAGCUGUGGUGGUGGUGGUGGUGGUGGUGGUGGUGGUGAUGGUGUUCAAGCGGCGUGGUGAGGCAGCAGCGGAAGAUGUAGCAAUGCGCCCUGUGGAAUCAGCACGUGAAUAAGAUGUCACCAGCCUGUGUGAGCCUGCUGGUGACAGACAAGACCCCACCACCAGCCUGUGUGAGCCUGCUGGUGACAGACAAGACCCCACCACCAGCCUGUGUGAGCCUGCUGGUGACAGACAAGACCCCACCACCAGCCUGUGUGAGCCUGCUGGUGAUAGACAAGAACUCAUGAAUGGAACUGUUGACAGGCAAGGAUCCGUGAGCAGCCUGUAUGAAGCUUAUGAAAACUUAGUGGCCACACAGCAGGGCUAGGGCCAGUAUUACCACGCCUGCUUCACAGCUGGGUGUUGUCUGGUUCGUGAGUGCCCACGCAUACUUCACAAGGAACACACUGCAGAACACGUGGGAAAUAGCGACGCCAUACUUGUGGCGAGUGUACCUGCACAGCCAACACACCUAAUGUGCAAUGUGCCAUGUUCUGGUGCAAUCUUGUCCAUAAGGAAUCAAGUUAACUUUGGCGAGGAAAGGACCAAUGCACAGCCGAACGUCGCGCUGCUAACACUUCCCUCCCCCACACUCAUUCCUGCCAACCGUUCAAUUUGUGUCUUUUGUGUGUGUGUGUGUGUGUGUGUGUGUGUGUGUGUGUGUGUGUGUGUGUGUGUGUAUGUGUGUGUGUGUGUGUGUUUAUUGAUUUAUUCUUAAGCAUUUCUUAUUGUGACAAAUUGUUUCUUUAAAAACUGUUGGGAGUUGUUGAUUAAGUUUUUGCCUUGUGAAUUUGUCACUGUUUGUUGCGUGUUGAUGGUGACCCACCUAUCCAUAGUUAGUGUUGCAAGUGUUGCCAUCUAGGACAGUCGUGCCACCUUUAUCCAUAGCUAGUGUUGCAAGUGUUGCCAUCUGGGACAGUCGUGCCACCUUUAUCCAUAGCUAGUGUUGCAAGUGUUGCCAUCUGGGACAGUCGUGCCACCUUUAUCCAUAGCUAGUGUUGCAAGUGUUGCCAUCUGGGACAGUCGUGCCACCUUUAUCCAUAGUUAGUGUUGCAAGUGUUGCCCUCUGGGACAGUCGUGCCACCUUCACUAUGGGCGCACGAACACAACACGCACACUGCCACAAGGAGCAGCGUGUGCCAGUACCUCAGAACUGCACUCACAGCCUCCGUCAUGGAGCUUCCUGAUCACUGCCUCCGUCACUGGGGAGGGACUGCCACACAUGCCUGUGCAACACACACACACACACACACACACACACACAAUGGUGGUAAGGCAGCAGACAUUUAACUAACACUGUUUAAUACAAGAGUAACGCACACUAGCAUGGUUGUUAUCUGAUUGUAAUGUGAACGUCUGCAGCGAGUAACGAUGCGCGAGGUGAAUCAAGUGUGCCACGCGCGCGAGCACUGCAGACAGCUGCGGCAGGACUGUGGGUGUGUGAGCUUUGUUGAGCGUCUUCCUUGUGCUGUGCUGCUUCAUGGUCAUGAGUACACGGCGCCGGCUGACUGUGUGGACCGCAGCCCUCCGCUUGUCAAAUAAAGAAUGAAGGUCACCUGU